AGAUGGCCCCAUGGCUCUGGCAGUCAUUGAGCCACUUUGAGUUUUAGUCUCUUCAUGUAUGGAGUGCGUGUGAGGUCCCUCACCUUGCGGUAGUUUUGAGGAUUAACUAAGAUAAUGCCUAUGAGUGUUCAGUAAAUAUUAGAUUCUCAGAUUCUAGUUCCUCUCUUCCUUCUAGAAUCCUUAAUUGUGACAUAAGGAUGAAAUUCUCUUAGCUGUUGGGUACAAAGAGUAGAGAGGAACAUUGACCUUGCCACCGAGGGAAGCUAUUCAUUUCCAUAUAACUGGGGAAAGAUUCUGGGGAAAGAUACGUGGUCCUACCAUUGAAAAGCAAAGGAGCUUGUUGUGACAUUUGCUAGCUUGGGAACCAUGAGGAGAUAUAUGGUAUCUCAUUCCUGGCAGGUCCUGAAGAAGGAACUGGGGCUGUACCAGCUCAUCCUGGAUAUCAUUAUGAUGAUCCGAGUGUGUAAAAUGUUCCGCCAAGGCCUCAGGGGAUUCCGGGAAUAUCAGAUCAUUGAGAAUCCUCACCGAAGGCACCCUGUCUUCUCCUUUUGGGAUAAAAAGAAACAAGGCCGGAUCACAUUUGAUACCAUGGACUUCGUUGCAGAGUCGGGUUACUUCCCUCUAAAGGCCAUCGAAAUAGCACAGAAGAAGCCUUCCUGGAGGACAGACCAGGAGAUCCAGAUCCUCUGUAACACCUUGCAGGUUAUAGGGAGCUACCGGAACUACUCUCAUUCCCUGCAGCUGCUCCUGGCCAAAGUCAUGCGCUUUGAACGGUUUGGUCGCAGGCGUGUGAUCAUAAAGAAGGGGCAGAGGAGCAGCAGCUUUUAUUUCAUCUAUCUGGGCAGAGUUGCAGUGACAGAGGAUGAAGAUGGCAGCAGUGCCUUUCUAGACCCCCAUCCAUUGUUGCUGCACAAGGGUGACUGUUUUGGGGAAGUGAGUCUUCUGAGUUCUUCAGUAAGGAAGGCCACCGUGGUCUGUAUGGAAGAAACAGAGUUCUUGGUUGUUGACAAAGAGGAUUUCAUUGCUAAUAAGCUGGAACAGGAACUUAAAAAGAAUGCUAAUCAUCAGUUUGAAUUUUUUAGGAAGAUGGAUCUGUUUCAGUCAUGGUCUGAUGAGAAGGUCUGGGAGCUCGUGAUCCUGGGGAAGAAAGAGAAGUUCUCGUAUGGGCAGCUGAUCUCAAAAGACUUUGUCAAUUUGUCCUCCAUCGUGUUUAUCUGCAAAGGCAGCUGUGAAGUCCUGCGGCUGAUAGACCUUGGGGCCUCGCCUUCCUACUACAAGUGGAUCUGGCAGCAUCUGGAGCUGGUAUAUGACAGACCUAUGAAGACCCACUUCAAAGAACCUUCUCCUGUGGAGAGAUUUAAGAAAUUCCAGAUAAAAUCAUAUCCUGUACAGGACUUUAGCACUCUGAAACUUCAGCAUCUCCAGAAAGCCUGGGAGCAACAGGGAACCAGCUUCAGUAGGAAGAUUAAUACCUCAGAAAAUAGUCUCCCAAAGACUUUGGGCCCGAAGAUCGAAUCCAGGCGUCCUCGUAUGAUCAAGUGUCCCAUGAUAAAUACCAAACAUGGUGAGCUCCCCAAGGAGGCUGCAGUGGGGGCCUACAUGAAGAUCCAUACUGUGGAGGAAGGAGAAAUCAUCGGUCUUCACCAGAUCCUCCUCCCAGACAGCGAGCAAGACAGGCGGCCCUUGAUCCUCAUGAGCCUGGGAACUGAGGUGAUAAGGAUGAGAAAAGAAAAAUUCUGCGAACUGAUUGACAGCGAGGUAGCAGAAAAGUUAUCCAAGUUCAAGAUCGACUACCCCAGCGAUGAAGAUAUGUGCCAGAAGUUCCUCAUGGAGAACAGCUGGAAUAUCUUUCGGAAGGACCUGGUGCAGCUGCUGGUGAAGUCUCGCCAAAUUCCACCAUUCACUCCAAUCCGGCACAAGAAGAAAGGGGUUUACAACCCCAAUUCUCUGACGCUGAAUUUGUGUAGCUUCAACAAGAAGACUAAACCUCAUUAUCCCAUUUUUCUGGCACCCCAGAAAUGCCUCCCCCCACUGAGGGUUGUCCAAGCCAUCACAGCACCCCGGUACAAAAUCCAAGAACUCCUACCUCAGUACAAGAAUGCAGGGGUCCUUAUUUAGACCUAAUAAAGGAUGCCCACCAUGGUUCCUGAAUGAC